AUGUCCGAUCUCGUUGAAAAGCAGCUGCAGACCCUCCUCCAUACGCUCUCCCGAGCAAAGGACAAUUUCAAGAAGCUUGGUAAUAAUAAUCAUACACCAGCGAUCGUCCGCUCAAGAAUCGCAACGCUCAAGGAUACGUGGAGUCAAAUCAUCCAGUGCCACGCGGCUCUCAUCCAGGCCUCUCCCACCAAGAAGGAUGAGAUGAGCAACACUCUGGAUCUCAACGAGGACGUCUACAACGACACGCUGGACUAUAUGGCAGAAAGGUUGGAGUAUCUGGAUCCUAACGUAAGCCUAAAUCAGUCCAAUAGUUGUAUCGCGGCCCACGAGAGUCCGUCAUCGUUAUCGUUGCGACACUUGCCGCCUCUCCAACUGCCGCCCUUCUCGGGUAAAUUCGAGGAGACCUUUCGCGAUUGUUUCACGGCCUUGAUAAUUCGAAACAAGGAGCUCUCCGAUUUUACGAGAAUGCAUUUUCUGUCGUCGAGUCUAACCGAUCGCGCGCGCGAUGCAAUCGCCAAUCUAGCGGUCACAGCAGACAAUUUUCAAGUAGCCUGGAGCGCCCUUACGUCGCGAUUUGAAAAUAAAAGUCGUUUGAUCGAGGUUCACGUCGCAACUCUGUACAAUCUUCCGACUAUGUCGCGCGAAUCAGCGUUCGACCUUCACGCGCUGCGAGAUAAGGCCGAGAGGGCGAAAUCGGCGCUGGAACGAUUAAAUAGAUCGCAGGAAGACAUGCUAAACGACAUUCUAGUUUACUUCGUCGCGCAAAAACUCGAUGCGGCUACGCGACGAGCGUGGAAACUUAAACUCGGCGAGAGCUCGCUCCCUCCGACUUAUCCGGAUCUCUUGCGUUUUCUUUCCGCACGCGCGCUCGCGCUCGAAGAGUUGACGCCCGGAAGCAGCUCCAAGCCGAGUAAGAGCAGUACUGUAACCAGCGCUACCGUAGCUACCACCGGCGACAAACCGUGUUCGCUAUGCAAGCGACAGCAUUAUAUAAAUAAGUGCCCGCAAUUUGUCAACAAGAGUGCGAGUCAGCGCCGCGACAUAAUCAAAUCCGCGAAACGAUGUCUAAAUUGUUUAAGUCAUCGGCACGAGAUAGCAACGUGUCAAAGCAAGUACACCUGUCGAAUAUGUCAACAGCGACAUCAUACAAUGCUGCACAUUGACUCGCACUCGCCAGCGACGACGAAGGGCACGACGGCACCCGUCGAACAGCCAUCAACCUCAAACUCCGUCGACGCUGCGUCUGUAGUCGCCCUAGCGUCGAUUCCCGCGUCAGCGACGCCUUCGCCGGUAUUACUAGCAACCGCGCAGGUCACACUGCGUUCCCCGUCGGGUCGCGCACUAGUCGUCAGAGCCUUGCUGGAUCAAGGAUCCGAGGUCACCUUUGUCACGGAACGAGUCGCGCAGAUCUUGCGUCUCCGCCGCGUUCGAACGCGUACGUCAAUCUCGACGGUGGGCGGCACCACCGCGGGCACGUGCCACCAUGCAACAUACGUCGAAAUCGCUCCUCGCGACUGCUCCGGUCCGGCGUUUUCGACACUCGCAUUCAUCAUGAAAUCAUUAACGAGAUACCUCCCGAGGAGCGCUUCGAUCGACUCGGAGUGGACGCAUCUCUCAAGUCUCAAAUUAGCCGAUGCGAAUCCCACUAGCGCCGAGCCCAUCGAUGUGCUGAUCGGAGCAGAUCUCUACAGCUCCAUUAUCCUCGAUGGCGUCCGCAAGGGAGCAGCCCACCAACCGAUAGCGCAGAACUCUCAUCUAGGUUGGGUCCUCUCGGGGCCCACCGCGAAUCCAAGCUCGCCUUACUCGCGAAUUCAAGCUCACCAUUGCUCGCUCGAACAGGACAUACAAAAAUUCUGGGAGAUCGAGGAAGUGCCGCAGGCGAGCAUCUUCUCUCCCGACGAGAGAAAGUAUGAGGAGCACUUCGUGCGGACGCACUCCCGCGCUCCCGAUGGGCGUUACGUCGUGCGACUACCAUUCCGCGAGGGUCCCCCAAUCGCGAUCGGAAACUCGCUCUCGAUUGCGGAACGAAUGCUCUCGCACUUGAGACGUAAGCUAAACCAAUGCCCCGAUCUUAAACACGAUUACGCGGAGUUUAUGAGUGAAUACGAGACUCUCGGACAUAUGAAACGCGCUCCGAGAUCGACUUCCUCACAAACCGCUUACAUUCCGCAUCAUUCGGUUAUUCGGGAAACAAGCGCAACCACUCGCGUGCGCGUCGUGUUUAAUGCGUUCUGUGAGACGUCGAACGGAACGUCAUUGAACACUCACCUUCUCGCGGGCCCCAAGCUGCAAAAGGACCUCCUCGCGAUUCUUCUAAAAUGGCGCCAACACAAAUACGUUUAUACCGCCGACAUUGCCAAAAUGUACAGGCAAAUUUUGGUUGACGAACGCGAUAUCAAUUAUCAAAGAAUCCUAUGGCUCGCGGAGGAUGAGAGUAGAACGCAGGAGUAUCAACUCCUCACGGUCACGUAUGGCACUGCGUGCGCGCCAUUCUUAGCGCUGCGCGUGUUGGAACAACUCGUGCUCGAUGACGGAGAUAAGUAUCCACUCGCUGCUUCCAUUUUGCGAGAGAAUAUUUAUGUAGAUGAUGUUCUGUUCGGAGCAGAGGAUAUCCCUCUGCUGCGUCAAAGCCGAGACGAAGUCCGGGCUCUGUUAAAACGAGGCGGGUUCGAAUUGCGCAAAUGGGCCAGCAAUCAGUCCGAUCUCCUCUCCGACAUCGAGCCCGAUAAUCACGGUCUCGCAUGCAACAAACUCCUUCAAAUCGACGAGCGACUGAGCAUUCUCGGGUUAUCGUGGAAUCCGGCGCGCGAUGUGUUUCAGUUCCAUGUAUCAUUACCAGACUUAAUUCCAACUACAAAACGCGCCGCGCUCUCGACCAUUGCGAGAUUGUUCGACCCCUUGGGCUGGGUAACUCCAGUCACAGUCGCGGCGAAGAUAUUUAUUCAAAAACUCUGGCGAUUGAAAUACGGGUGGAACGAAGAAUUGCCCGCGGAUGUCAUGACUCAAUGGAGAACGAUUUAUUACAGUCUUUCCCAUCUCAACGGGCUCGCACUCCCUCGGUGGUCGGGUUUCGGCUCCGAUUCGACGCGCCUUGAGUUGCACGGGUUUGCAGACGCGUCCUCGUGCGCCUACGCGGCGGUCGUCUACAUUCGAGUCACAUCCCUCUACGGUGACACGACUACAACAUUACUAGCCGGGAAAUCGAAAGUUGCGCCGCUUAAGCCGAUCAGCAUACCGCGACUAGAGCUGUCAGCUGCGGUAUUACUGUCACGUCUCAUGAACUUCAUAGCAUCCUCACUUAAGCUCGAGCAUGUACCAUCCGUGUGCUGGUCGGAUUCUACCGUAGUGUUAGCAUGGCUCAACCAGGACCCUUCGAAAUGGCGAACGUUUGUGACGCAUCGAGUCUCGGCCGUGCAGGCUCUCGUACCCAAAGCAUCAUGGCGUCACGUACCGACACGCGACAAUCCCGCGGAUUGCGCCUCGCGGGGAAUAUUAGGGUCGGAUAUUGGCUCGAAUGAAUUGUGGUGA